CAGUUGUUGACAUGGACGUGUUUUAGUCGAGUAGGCAUUCAAAAAUAAAUAAUUUGUACGCGAUGGAAGCUUGUGUUGCUGUCGAAAGAGAAGUUGACAAAGUUUUGACGAAGUUUGGCAGUAUUAACGAACAUGCAGGAAGAACAUUAAGAGACGUGACAAAUCAUAUUGAGGCUCUCAGAAAGGAAUUGAGUGAAUGUCCUCCUGAUCAUGAGUUAACUUCUAAUCAGGUAAUGAUCAUGAAACAGGCCAUGAGUAAAGCUAGAGAAACAGUUCAAAGGCUAGCUACUGAUCAUCGGGACUUGCAUAGUACAGUUUCUAAAGUCGGAAAAGCAAUUGACCGGAAUUUUGUAGCCGAUUUUGCCUCGACAAGUCGUGAUGAUGUUUUCAGUAGUCCUGACAAAGUUGUAUUGCUGAACAAAGUUAUUUGCCAACACUUUUAUCGGCAGGGAAUGCUUGACAUUGCUGAUGAAUUAGCCUUAGAAGCCGGAAUUGAUUCCGAAAACGAGAAGGAACCUUUUACAGAAUUGAACUAUAUUUUAGACUGUUUAAAACAUCGAGAUCUUGAUCCUGCUCUCGAGUGGGCUGAGAAACAUAGAGCAAGCUUACAAAAGCAGAAUUCAUCUUUAGAGUUCAAGUUACACCAGCUUAGAUUUAUUGGAUUAAUAGAAAAAGGAUCAUCUUGCCAGAAUGAAGCCAUUCAGUAUGCUAGAACAUAUUUAAGUCAGUUUGUCCAUACACAUGAAAAAGAUAUUCAAAUGCUGAUGGGUAUGCUGUUAUAUUUGUCUAAUGGUGUAUCUCGAUCACCUUAUGCACAUUUGUUACAACCUAGCCUCUGGGCUGAUAUUUACGAUACGUUUACCAAAGAUGCAUGUUCUCUUCUCGGUUUAAGCGUUGAAAGUCCUCUUAGUGUUUGUGUGAAUGCUGGAUGCAUAGCUUUACCUGCCCUAUUAAAUAUUAAGCAAGUUAUGCAACAGCGUCAAGUUAGUGGCAUAUGGAAUGGAAAAGAUGAAUUACCUAUUGAAAUUGAUCUCGGUCCUGAAAAAAGAUUCCAUUCUGUUUUCGCCUGUCCUAUUUUAAAGCAACAAAGUACGGAAAUCAAUCCCCCUAUGAGGCUCGUCUGCGGGCAUGUUAUUUCCAGAGACGCUCUUAAUAAACUAGCUAAUUCUAACAAAUUGAAAUGUCCGUACUGUCCAAUGGAACAAAACCCCGCUGACGCUAGAAUUAUUUACUUUUGAUUAUACUGGAAUUAGAAUUUAAAAGGACAUAUAUAAAUUAACGUCUGAUUGAUAUAUAUAUAUAAAUAUUACAACUAAAGUAUUUAGGGGAUUCAAGUUUUUUUAAUGAGAAGUAUAUAUAAUUUUAACAAAAGAUACUUCGACAUUAUUUAUUAAUAUGUGAUGACCUGUUAUAGUUUUUAUAUAUAGCAGUUAAAAUGAUAUUUUGUGUGCUAUUACCAUGUUGUCUUGAUAAUCAUAGAGAAUUUUUAAUGAUACAUAGCCAAAUUAUAGAAGCUCGCAUAGUCAUCUGUUAUUGAUUGAAAUAAAAUGAGUUUUGUACUUAAGCUAUUUUGGGUUGAUAUAUAAUAAAAUAAGAAAAAUGAUAAAGUAAAAAUAGCCGACAAAAUAUUAAUGAUUCCCUUUAAUUUAUGUAAAUGUAAAUAGUAACGUACAUAAAGGUGGUUAGUAUUGAUACAACUCAUAACAUAUGCAAUUACUAUUGUACUCUCUAUUUCCCGGAUUUAGAUAAAUGGAUACUUUUAAGAAUUAUCAGCUCAGUUAUUUUGUUUUGUUUUUUUAAAGAGAAAUCUUUAAACAUUUUUAUUGAAAGCUAACCUAGAGUGCUUAACAACUGUUUGAGAUAAUGUGAUUCGUUAUAGCAUGUAUUUUUAUGAAGAAACAGUUGUAAAAAAUAAAGAAAAGUGAACUGAGCCUAUAAGUGAUAAUUUUUGUUCAUGUUUUGUUUUUUUUUAAAUAAAGAGAUUUAUAAACAAAUGUUUAA